UAUUCUGUAGUCGGUCGUCUGGUAAUAGUAGUUGAGACCGUGGUAGAACAUGGAGAUGUCAGAGGAUAAGUAUGCCAAUAUGGACCAGUUAUGUAACAAAGGGGUGAGCAAAAAUGAGAAUGAAGAUGCCAUCGCCUCUCAGGACUCAAGAGAAGAGACCAAGAAGGAUGCCACCUCUAAGGACAGACCAGUUGCUAACCCCUCAAGUUAUGAUAACUCAGGUAGGAGACCCUCCAGAGCUGCUGCAGUUUGUCUGGGGAUGCUGUGUGUCCUCCUACUGGCUGGGAUUGUAGGUCUGGGUUUCUACCACAAGAAUAUCAUCAGUGGGUUUGAGGAUUGUAAAGUCAGCAACAUCAACCUGUCUACGAAAAAAGACCAGUUAGAGAUCAGCUUCAACACCAUAACUAAUGAGAGAGACCAGCUACAGACCAGCUACAACACCAUGAAAAAGGAGACAGACCAGCUACAGACCAGCUACAACACCAUGAAAAAGGAGAGGGACCAGCUACAGACCACCUUCAACACCAUGACCAAGGAGAUAGACCAGCUACAGACCAGCUUCAAUAACCUGGCUAAGGAAAGUGACCAGUUGAAGUCUGCGAGAGACAGGCUUCAGGAGCGCUUUUCUGACCUAAAACAAGCUGGGCCUAAAGGCUGGACGCUGUUUCAGUCCACUUGGUAUUACAUCUCCUCUGAGGUCAAAUCCUGGGAUGAGAGCAGACAGGACUGCAUUGAGAGAGGAGCAGACCUGGUGAUCAUAAAUAGCAAAGAGGAGCAGACAUUUCUCACUAAUCUGAACAAGAGGAUCUGGAUUGGCCUGACUGACAAAGACAUAGAGGGGACCUGGAAAUGGGUGGACGGUACCAAACUGACCACAUCCUAUUGGACGGGAAAGCAACCUGAUAAUGGUAAUGGGGAUCCAAUAUAUGGGGAGGAGGAUUGUGCUGAGAUUGUUAUGGGGUGGAUAUGGAAUGAUAUUUCAUGUGCAAAUCAUUACAAUUGUGUCUGUGAGAAGGUUGUUUAACAGUGUUAUAAUUUAUUGCAUGUGUAUGUACCAGAUGUGCUCCCUGAUUUUCUAUCAUGAAGUUUUGAUAUGAGCAAGGAAAUAGAAAUUUGAUAAGAAGCUUCAAAGAAAUGACUCUGAAAUGUAAAUACUGUUCUUUCCUAUUUGUGUUCACAAACUGGUGGUUAGGCAGACAUGUCGGCACUUAACUCAACUGACUCCCUGAACAGACAGUUCCCUGUCUGUGGUGGUUGUGUCCAGUGGUGCAAAGUACUUAAGCAAAAAUACUUCAAAGUAUCUACUAGUUUUUUGAGGUAUCUGUACUUUACUUUACUAUUGAUAUUUCUUUACUAUUGAUACUCCACUACAUUCCUAAACAACAUAAUGUACUUUUUACUCCAUUUAAACUUUAUUUAACUAGGCAAGUCAGUUAAGUACAAAUUCUUAUUUUCAAUGACGGCCUAGUGGGUUAACUGCCUGUUCAGGGACAGAACGACAGAUUUGUACCUUGUCAGCCCGGGGGUUUGAACUUGCAACCUUCCGGUUACUAGACCAACGCUCUAACCACUAGGCUACCCUGCCGCCCCAUAAAUUUCCCUGACACCCAAAAGUACUCGUUACAUAUUGAAUGCUUUAGCAGGACAGAAAAAUUGUCUAAUUCACGCACUUAAAGAGAAACUCCCUGGUCAUCGCUAUUGCAUCUGAUCUGGCGGACUCACUAAACACAAAUGCUUUGUUUGUAAAUUAUGUCUGAGUUUUGGAGUGUUCUCCUGGCUAUAAGUACAUUUAAAAAACAAGAAAAUCAUUCCGUCUGGUUUGCUUAAUAUAAGGAAUUUGAAAUGAUUUAUACUUUUACUUCUACUUUUGAUACUUAAGUAUAUUUUGCCAAUUACAUUUACUUUUGAUACUUAAGUAUAUUUCAAACAAAAUACUUUUUCACUUUUACUGAAGUAGGAUUUUACUGGGUGACUUUCACUUGAGUCAUUUUGUACAUUUACUCAAGUGUGAUUAUUGGGUACUUUUUCCAGCACUGGCUAUGUCUAGCUAACACAGCAUCAGAUAAAGAUAUAACAAUGUGGUACUGUCAGCUCAGGACAUGAACAACCUGCGAUGCCUUUUUUUUAAACUUUGCAAGCAUGUGGAGAAAUAUUAUGCAAAAUGCAAGAAAUACCUAUAGCCACAUCAGAGAUCCUUGAAAUGUUAUCCUAUAUACCCCCAUGUUCGUGUGCAUUACUAUCGUGGUGCAUGUAAUGGAUCUUACUCUGCCUGCCAGUGUGAUGUGAUCUACUUUAGUUUGGUAUUUCUGGGUCGCUUGCCUGUAUUGUUCAUUUGUUGUUAUCUGAUGGAUUUUGUCUUGAUUAUUGAAUGACGUGUCUCUUCAAUUGCUUUGUUGCAUGAAGAAAAAAUGUCAAUAAAGAUUUUGGUCACACACAA